AUGGCCUCACGCAUUGGUCUGCGUAUGCAGCUGAUGCGGGACCAGCUGCAACAGGAGGAGCAGCGCGAGCGGCAGCGGCAGCAAAAUGCUGCACUGCAAUACAUGCAGCACCGCAUGGGCGGACCGCCUGCCCCGACUGCGGCCAUUAGCGCCCCCCAGAACUACCAAAAUAUGCAGGUGCCCGUGGAGGUUCUUAAGGUACAGACCCACCUUGAGAAUCCUACAGACUACCACAUACGUCAGUCUCGGAGGCAGCAGGUGAAAGAGUACCUCUCCACCACCUUUGCAACAAAACAGGCGGUUCACGCCGUAGCAGGGCCAGUGCCAGCGUCUCCCCCUGCUGCCGUCGGGCCCACCGGGGGUUCUGCGUCUCUACCCCCGCCCCUGCACUCUCCGCACAAGCGUGCCGAGCAACUCAUGAGUGGAAACAGUGCACCCAACAGCCCAAUGGCCAUGCUGAACAUCGGCUCCGGCCAUGAGCAAGAGAUGGAUGAAGUUAUUGAUGACAUCAUCAGCAUGCAGUCCAGUUACGAUGACGUUCAGGCCUACAUAGACCCCAUCCAGAUGCCAAACACACUCCCUCUGUCCAGCAGCCACUUGGAUGUAUACACAGGUCCAGGAAUGAAGGGCCCAGCCAUUGCAAUGACCAGCAACUCCUGUCCUGCCAAUUUGACCAUCAAACGAGAAAUUUCAGACGCAGAAGCCCGUGCCCUGGCCAAAGAGAGGCAGAAGAAAGAUAACCACAAUCUCAUCGAAAGAAGACGGAGGUUCAACAUCAAUGAUCGUAUUAAAGAGCUUGGCGCGAUGAUUCCCAAAACCAAUGAUCUUGAUGUUCGUUGGAAUAAGGGCACCAUCCUUAGAGCGUCUGUGGACUACAUCAAACGGAUGCAGAAGGACGUACAGAGGACCAGAGAGGUGGAGACUAACUUCAAAAGGAUGGAAAUGGCCAACAAACAGUUGAUGCUUCGGAUUCAGGAGUUGGAGAUGCAAGCUCAUCUGCACGGCCUACCCAGCAACUCACCAUCUGGCCUGAACCCAGUAGACGUGUUGUCCUCGUAUAUAAAACAAGAAACCAGCCCCGAGGAGAACCUUUCCCACACUCAGGCACACCACCACCUAAACCAGAAUCAUGCUCCACCUCAGCAGCACCAAUUCCUCCCGCAGACCCACCUGCACCCUCCGAGCCAGGCUCCGCCUCCACAUCCUCGGCAGCUGACCGUGCUUCCUCAGCACCUGCAGACCCAGCCGCCCAUCCAGUACCCGGCCGUGGGCAGCUCCCAGCCCUUUGACUUUGCCCAGUCGCUAGACUUGUGCGACGGGAUGCAGGCGUUCUCCGACGGCAUGUCGGGCUUGGGCGAUCUAGGAGGACUGGAUUUGCAGGGCCGGAGAAGCGAUAUGAGUUUCCUCAUGAUGGAGGAGCCUUUGUCCCCCAUGGGCGGGGACCCACUGCUCUCCACCAUGUCCCCUGAGGCCUCCGUCGACUCCAGCCGCAGAUCCAGCUUCAGCAUAGAGGACGGUGACAUCCUCUAG